AUGGAAAACAUUUUGAAAUUAUUUCUGAAACGAACAAGUUUUUUAAAAAUAAAAACAAGUUUAUUUAAAACAAGUUUAUUUUUCAGAAAAUUAUUUGUUUCUGAAAUUAAAAACAUUUUAAAUGGACAACAAUUAAUUUCUCAUUUAAAUCAACAACAACAUGGGGUUGGGAAGUUGUAUAAGAAAAGUCAGAAUAUUUUACGUUGUGGCAUUUUUAUUGAAUUUAACAAUUCUUCCGAAUUUUUACUCUGUGCACAAAGUGAACAAGAUUCUGUUGAUUGGUUUGAGGCACUAAAUUGUUUAUGUUGGCCACAAAAAUCAUUACAAAAUAAUAUUAAUAUUAAAAAAGAGGUGAUUUUGGAUUUUUUUUUAAUUUUGGAAAUGUUAAAAAAAAUUUUUUUCAAAUUAAAGGUUGAUCAAUUACUAAAUUUACAAAUAAAUAUUCGUUUAAUGGAUGUACCCAAAUUAGAACAAAAAUUAAAAAUACCACAACUUCCAACAGAUUUUAAUUGGAUUUCUACUUAA